CCAGAGGGAGCAGAGAUCUGUUGUCCUCCAGAGCACAGAGAGUUUCUGUUCGGGGAAAGAGAAACUGUUUGACAUUCACUAUCUGGAAGUGAAAUGGCGCAGCAAGGAAAUCCGCUGGAUCAGGCAAAAUUCUGCUGUUCCGUCUGUCUGGAUCUACUGACGGAUCCGGUGACUAUUCCCUGCGGACACAGCUACUGUAUGAGCUGUAUUGAAACCCACUGGGACAAAGAGGAUGAGAAGAGGAUCUACAGCUGCCCUCAGUGUAGACAGACCUUCACACCGAGACCUGUCCUGGGGAAAAACAUCAUGUUGGCUGAUUUAGUGGAGGAACUGAAGAAGACUGGACUCCAAGCUGCUCCUGCUGAUCACUGCUGUGCUGGAGCUGAAGAUGUGGCAUGUGAUUUCUGCACUGGGAGAAAACUGAAAGCCGUCAAGUCCUGUUUGGUUUGUUUGGCCUCUUAUUGUGAGAAACAUCUCCAGCCUCAUUAUGAUGUUCCUCUGUUAAAGAAGCACAAGCUGGUGGACCCCACCAACAAGCUCCAGGAGAACAUCUGCUCUCGUCAUGAUGAGGUGAUGAAGAUGUUCUGCCGCACUGAUCAGCAGUGUAUCUGUUACCUCUGCUCUGUGGACGAACAUAAAGGCCACGACACAGUCUCAGCUGCAGCAGAAAGGACCGAGAGGCAGAGAGAGCUCGAGCUGAGUCGACAACAAAUCCAGCAGAGAGUCCAGGACAGAGAGAAAGAUGUGAAGCUGCUUCAACAGGAUCUGGAGGCUGUCAAUGGCUCUGCUGACAAAGCAGUGGAGGACAGUGAGAAGAUCUUCGCUGAGAUGAUCAGAUCAUUGAAGCAACAGAUCAGAUCGAAGCAGGAAACUGAAGUGAGUCGAGUCAAAGAUCUUCAGGAGAAGCUGGAGCAGGAGAUCACUGAGCUGAAGAGGAAAGAUGCUGAACUGAAGCAGCUCUCACACACAGAGGAUCACAACCAGUUUCUACACAACUACCCCUCACUGACACCACUCAGUCCGUCUACACACUCAUCCAGCAUCAACAUCCGUCCUCUCAGGUACUUUGAGGCUGUGACAGCAGCUGUGUCAGAGGUCAGAGGUCGACUACAGGACGUCCUCACUGAGUCAGAGACAAACAUCUCACUGACAGUGACUCAAGUGGAUGUUUUACUGCCACAACCAGAGCCCAAGACCAGAGCUGAAUUCUUAAGAUAUUCACAGGAAAUCACACUGGAUCCAAACACAGUAAACAAACAUUUGUUAUUAUCGGAGGGAAACAGAAAAGUAACAUUUGUGAGAGAAAAACAGUUUUAUUCCAAUCACCGAGACAGAUUCACUUAUUGGUCUCAGGUCCUGAGUAGAGAGAGUCUGACUGGACGUUGUUACUGGGAGGUGAAGAGGAGAGGAGACGUUGAUGUAGCAGUCGCAUACAAGAAUAUCCGCCGAGCAGGGAAAUCAGAUGAAUGUAGAUUUGGAUUAAAUGACAAAUCUAUGUCGUUAGAUUGUUGUGAAGACAGUUGCACGUUUUAUUACAACAGUAUCGACACUCCAGUCUCAGGUCCAGUGUCCUCCAGAGUCGGAGUGUACCUGGAUCACAGUGCAGGUGUUCUGUCCUUCUACAGCGUCACUCACAUCAUGACUCUCCUCCACAGAGUCCAGACCACAUUCACUCAGCCGCUUUAUGCUGGAGCUGCGAUUAAUGAUGAUGACGGAUUCACAGCUGAGUUCUGUAAACUCAAAUAGACUUGAGUCAUUUAAAGAGCAGUGAGUUAAAUUCUGUUUAAACCUUUAACUUCUUUUCUCUCAAAGCUCGUUGUUGUUGUCGUUGUUGUUGUUGUUAAUGUUGUGACAUUCGUGCUCUGUACAGAAAUCAGCUGUCAAUCAAACACAGUGGGCGGAGCUCUGACGUGUCCUCAUUCAUUGUUUCUGUUGAUGUUUGAGUUUGUGGAGGUGGAGCUGGAGCCGUGGACGAUCUCACUGCUCGUCUCUUAAAGCAGCAAAAGACUCAGUGAAACUUUUACACGUCUUCAGAUGAACAAGUGUAAUCUGAAAACCUGAGAUAUGAGAAUAAUAGAAUCUCAGAUUUCCUUCUCCUUGAACUGGUCCUAAUACUCCGUCGUCGAAACUGUAAAUAAAAUAAAUCAAUUUUACAAAAGAGGCAUGAAAUUCUAAACUUAAAGUUGAUCAGUGGUUUUGCAGAAGGAAAUGUGAUGUCCUGUACACAUCCAUAAUAAUGUUCAUUCAUCUUUUGUGUCAUAUCGUUUACAUGCAUGUCAUUUUGAUUCAUAUGUUUAUUUUGUGUCAAUAUUACUGUAUUGCUUUCAUUUAUUUACCACCAGCAUCAUUGUUUCCUUUGUCAAAGCAGUUUUUAUUUCCAGUUGAAUGAUUGUUAAUAAGGUUAUUUUUCUCUUUCAUUGUUUUGAAAAAGUACAAAUGUAAUCAUUAUGAGGACCAAUGAGAAGCAUGAUUUUUUUCCUAAAUUUACAGUUAAUGUGAAUGUAUUUCGAUGAUUUUUUUUUGCAUGGUUACAGUUUUUCUUUCAUAAAUGUAAAUAUGAAAUUAGUGGGAAAUUCUCUUAAGGGCUGUAACUUAAUAUCCCUUUUAAUAUUAUUUUGUAUUUAGUUUGAUUUAAUCAACCAAUCAAUCAAUCUGUUCCACAGCACCAGACAAUAUCCAACUCACUGUUCAUUUUACAUCGGUACAAAUCUAAGAGGAAGAAAAAAUUUCCUCACCUUUGAGAACUACAGUACCAGAGGACGCGUGACAUUUUUGCUCGUAUUUCUUGAUUUUGUUUUCAUUGUUUGCAAUCAUAUCAAUAUUUUUUCUAUCAACUCUGCUUGUACUCAGUUGUCAAUCAUCCAUGGUAAUAAAUUCAAACUCAACAUUC